AUUAUUGGAAUGAUUGUGUGGAUGAAUUAAGUGACUUUUCCUUCCUUUGCCUUCCUUCCCUGUCACCCCAUGCCCUGAAUCAGUGGUGGAGACUCUGCUUUGCACCUCUUUGCAAUCCCUGGACUUUGCCUGUGGAGAGCCAUCUACACAACAGGAGGGUAUGGCGCUGACAGUGGAUGUGGUCGGGCCAGCACCCUGGGGCUUCCGCAUCACAGGGGGCAGGGAUUUCCACAUGCCUAUCACGGUGACCAAGGUGACUGAGCAGGGCAAGGCUGAGGCUGCUGACCUCCGGCCUGGUGACAUCAUUGUGGCCAUCAAUGGGGAGAGUGCGGAGGGCAUGCUGCACGCUGAGGCUCAGAGCAAGAUCCGCCAGAGCCCCUCACCCCUGCGGCUGCAGCUGGACCGGUCUCCAGUUGCCUCUCCCAGGCAGACCAACGGGGAGAGCUCCUUGGAGGUGCUGGCCACUCGUUUCCAGGGCUCUGUGAGGACGUACACUGACAGCCAGUCCCCGCUGAGGUCUUCCUACUCCAGCUCAGCCUCCCCGAGCCCCCGGCCAGGCAGCCCCUUCUCUCCCCUGCCCCCUGCCAGCCCACAGGCUCAGGCUGCAGAGGCAGCCAUCAGCCACAGUUUCCAGAGCCUGGCAUAUUCCCCGGGAUUUGCCGCCGCUGACCGCCUGUCCUAUGGAGGCCACCCCAGAAGCCGGCAGGCCGGCCUUGGCCGCGCUGGCGACUCUGCCGUGCUGGUGCUGCCGCCUUCCCCGGGUGGUGCCCGCUCCUCCAGCCCCAGGCUCAGUGUGGACUUAGAAGGCGGAAGCCACCUCCUGGACGAGGACUCAGAAGUCUUCAAGAUGCUGCAGGAAAAUCGUGAGGGGCGGGUGGCCCCCCGGCAAUCUAGCUCCUUUCGGCUCUUGCAAGAAGCCCUGGAGGCUGAGGAGAGAGGCGGCGCGCCUGCCUCUGUGCCCAGUUCCCUGAGCCCUCAGGCCUCCCUGCCCACCUCCAGAGCACUGGCUACCCCUCCCAAGCUCCACACCUGUGAGAAGUGCAGCACCAGCAUCGCGAACCAGGCCGUGCGCAUUCAGGAGGGCCGGUACCGCCACCCGGGCUGCUACACCUGUGCAGACUGUGGGCUGAACCUAAAAAUGCGAGGGCAUUUCUGGGUGGGGGACGAGCUGUACUGUGAGAAGCACGCCCGUCAGCGCUACUCGGCGCCGUCCACCCUCAGCUCUCGGGCCUGAGCCCAUCACCCCUCACCUGCCCUCCCUUCUGGGGCCACCAGGCCAGGGCCGUGCCAGUAGCAAGUUGGCGUGGCAGGGGUGACGGUGGGCAGUGGCUCAUCUGUGAACUAAAUUCAGGGGUCUCAGGCCCCUUUGUCCUCGCUGGGUGAGGCCAAGGUCUGGGACCUGUCUUGGGCUGCAGUCUGGUGGCAACCUCGCCUUCUCUGGCCUCUCCCCUGCAGGACAAGCACCGGGCCAGUCUGAGGUGGCCCACUGUGUUCCAUGUCUCUGUAUACCAUGGGGCUAAGCAGGGUGGGACACAGAAGUAUCUGGAAGGAGAGAGGUGGGCCAGAAGCAAACUGUACUCCCUGUGUAAAGUUUUUGACAUAUGAGCUCUAUGAAUAUAUAAAUGUGGACAAAAUAAAGGAGAUAGGAUCUUUCCUCUUCCCCUUCCCCAGCCCAGGGUGUGAGCUGGUCUCUAUCUCUGGGUGGAGAGUCUUUAUUUAUCCCCCUUCAGGU